AGAUUCAAGAGAAAAUGUGAUGAAUGUAAAGAUACACUAAUUGCAAAUGGUUAUACACAAUUCACUGUAGAAGAUUUCCAUGAACAGUUUGUUGGUAUGGUCGAUCGAUUUACAGUGGAUGGUGGAACAUUAGAAGAACUGGAAGAAGUGUUCAAUGAUCAAGCUUAUUCAGAUUAUUAUGUUGUAUUCUUAAGACUUUUAGUUUCUGCAUAUAUACAGAAAAAGGCAGCAUAUUUUGUAAAUUUUAUCGAUGAAGGUAAAACGAUUAAUCAGUUUUGUGAAACGGAAGUUGAACCAAUGGCUCGUGAAUCAGACAAUAUUCAUGUUGCUGCCUUAGCUUUAGCUGUUGAAUUGCCUAUUUAUGUAGAGAAUUGUCAACAAUCGGGUGAAUUGAAUCGAAUUGAGUUUCCUGCACACAGUGAUCUAAUGAAUAUGGAUGAUGGGGAUGAACAACACGUCUCCGAUGGAACUGGUGGUGGCGGCGGUGGUGGGGGGCAAGAGGCUUCCAAUGAUAGUUGUCAUCAUCAACACUCUGUUCAUCAGGAAAAGGAUCAUACUACCGACUAUAAGACAAAUCCUCCUGUUACUCUGUUAUACAGACCUGGUCAUUAUGAUAUCCUCUAUCCUAAUUCAAAAAAAUAAAGACGAUGGAAAACCAAUGACAAAAACAGAAGAGUUUCCGCAGCGAUUUAUUUCAUUGAAUAACAUUUGGAAGAAUGCAUGAAUGAAUGAAGGGAUACUUGAAUGUGUUGUUGACUUGGUUUCUCUUUUAUUAGGUAACUAACCAACUAACUAACUGACUAACCGACUUCUCAAUGCUUUACAAAAUCAAUGAUGAAUAGGUCUUCAGUUGUUAUUAUUAUUAUUAUUAAUUUUUCUGUCAUAUGUGUAUGUAAACGUCUGUUUUCUGCUUUCUUGCCUUCGUCUAUGGCACCUUUCUCCAACCCUGCUCUACCCCACCCUCCUUAUUACCUUGUUUUUGUGUUCAUGCGUUGUUAAUGACCAGGAUGAUGUUGAUGACGACGUUGCCUUUUGUUUUUCUCCUUUUCAUCAUAAUUUCUGAAUGGUGUUUUUGUCUCUUCUCUUUGCUGUUGUUGUUGUUGGUGGUGGUGUUUUUGAGCUGGGUACACAACUGAUUAUCAAUGGGCUUUGCUCCGUCUAGUAUAUUUUUAAGUCUACUAAUGGAUAUUUAACCCUAACUCACUUCAGCGACUCAGGGAUUGACUUGUUACCACCAGGGAAUAAUCUCGUUGACUUAGAAUAUGCAGAUGAUAUAGUCCUUCUAGGUGAAGACGCUGACGAAAUGCAGAGUUUUCUGAACACCUUGAGCUGCGAUCUACGAAUGUUUGAGCAUGCGAUUCUCUCCCGCCGUGAAAUGCAAGAUGAUGUUACAGGACUGGACCACACUGACUCCUAGUUUAGAAAUAAAGAGUGAAGUGGUUGGUGGGGCGUGUUGACCGCUUCACUUAUUUGAGAAUUACC